AUGGAGCAGAAAUCACCCAAGGAUGAGGGCACCGGCAAGGGACAGGAGUCCUACCAGCGCAGGAUCUGGAAGAAUUUCCAGGGGAAGAAAACCAAGCCGUGGCUGAGUCCGAAGGUGGGCUCGGAGCGGCGCGGCGCAGGGGGCGCGGAGGGCAGCAAGAAGGAAUCGGGGCUGUGGAUGUUCAAGAGGAAAAAGAAACAGUUCGACCGGGUGUUCUCGUCGUCGCAGCCCAACCUGUCCAGCUCUCCGCCGGCCUCCUUCGAAGGGGAGACGAGGUCCGGUGGCGGCGGCGGCGGCGACGCGGUGCCCGGCACCAGCAGCGCGCACGGCCGCCCCCUGCUGCGACCCCUCGGCGCAGCCUCCGGAGCCACGGGCAGCAAGCCGGAGCUCACCACGCACGGGAGCCCCACGCACGCCGUGUCCCAGCUCAUCACGUCCCAGCAGAAGAGCUCCUCUCUGGGCUCGGCGUGCUUCGAGACCCUGGUGGUGGAGCCGGCCUCGGAGCUGCAUGGAGAGGAGGAGGAGGAGAAGCUGCGUAAAGACGCGAGCGAUUCCGGCAUCAGCAUACUGGGACCCAGUAAUGCAGAACCCCCGCCUCGUCCUCCAAGUCCAGCCAUGUACCAGGUGGAUAUCGUCCUGAAGAAAGGGAACAACCUGGCCAUCCGAGAUCGGACAGGGACCAGUGACCCGUAUGUGAAGUUCAAGAUUGCAGGGAAGGAGGUGUUCAGGAGUAAAACUAUCCACAAGAACCUGAACCCGGUGUGGGACGAGCGAGUGACCCUACACGUGGAAACCCUGAAGGACCCGCUCUAUGUUAAGGUUUUUGACUAUGACUUUGGAUUCCAGGAUGAUUUCAUGGGCUCAGCGUAUCUCCACCUGGAGUCACUGGAACAUCAGAGGACCCAGGAUGUGACGCUGGACCUGAAGGACCCACAGUUCCCUGAACACAACCUGGGCAUCCUGGAUCUUUCUGUCACUCUGUCACCGAAGGAGGGAGACAUCAGGGACGCUACCAUGCUUUUGAGAAGGAACUGGAAACGAUCUAGUAAGUAUCAGAGUAUGCGUCUGUCAGAUGUGCACAGAAAGUCCCAGCUGUGGCGAGGUAUAGUCAGCAUCAGUCUGAUAGAAGGUCGCGGCCUGCAGCCCAUGGACGCCAACGGCCUCAGUGACCCUUAUGUCAAAUUCAGGAUGGGGCACCAGAAGUACAAGAGCAAGACAAUUCCCAAAACGCUGAACCCCCAGUGGAGGGAGCAGUUUGAUUUCCACCUGUAUGAGGAGCAGGGAGGUUUUGUAGACAUCACAGUGUGGGACAAAGAUGCUGGCAAGAAGGAUGACUUCAUGGGAAGGUGUACCAUUGACCUGUCGCAGCUCAGUAAAGAGCAGACACACAAGCUGGACCUGCCGCUGGAGGAAAACGAAGGCGUGAUGGUGCUACUGGUUACACUCACUGCCUCUGCUGCCGUUUCCAUCUCAGACCUGUCAAUCAACAUACUGGACGACCCGAACGAGAGACACCAGAUCAUGCAGAGAUAUAGCCUGUGGAGGUCGCUGCACAACCUGAAAGAUGUCGGCGUGGUGCAGGUAAAGGUCAUCAGGGCGGAGGGACUGAUGGCGGCAGAUGUCACAGGUAAGAGUGACCCGUUCUGUGUGGUGGAGCUGAGUAACGAUCGGCUGCAGACUCACACCGUCUACAAAAACCUCAACCCAGAGUGGAACAAGGUCUUCACUUUUAACGUGAAGGACGUCCACUCGGUACUCGAGGUCAGUGUUUACGACGAGGACCGAGACAGAAGUGCAGAUUUCCUGGGGAGAGUGGCUAUUCCUCUACUACAUAUCCAAAAUGGAGAACGCAAAGCCUACGCCUUGAAAAGCAAGGAGCUGACAGGGCCAACAAAAGGGGUCAUCUUCCUCGAAAUAGACGUGAUAUUUAAUGCUGUGAAGGCUGGUCUCAGGACGCUGAUCCCCAUCGAGCAGAAGUACAUCGAGGAGGAGCCCAGAGUGUCCAAGCAGCUGCUGUUACGCAACUUUAACAGAGUCAGACGCUGCAUCAUGUUCCUCAUCAAUACUGGCUGCUACAUCAACAGCUGCUUCGAAUGGGACUCACCACAGAGGAGCAUCUGUGCUUUCUUGUUUUUCGUGAUCCUCGUUUGGAACUUCGAGCUCUACAUGAUCCCGCUGGCAUUGAUGCUGCCGUUGGCCUGGAACUACAUCCUCAUCGCGUCGGGGAAGGACACCAGGCAAGAUGUGCAAGCGAUGGAGGACCUGCUGGACGACGAGGAUGAGGAUUUUGACAAAGAUGACAAGGACCCUAAACCCGGCCCCUGGGAGGAUGGCUGUGAUAAAAACCAUAUCCUCGAGGAUAUGUUGGCUUCCUGGCACUUUGAGUGGAUACGAACGAUGGUGGACUCGGAGAGAAAGGGCUUCAUGAACAAGAUUUAUGCCAUUCAGGACGUGUGCAUCAGCGUGCAGAAUGCGCUGGAUGAAGUGGCCUCCUAUGGCGAGAGGAUAAAGAACACAUUUAACUGGACUGUGCCUUUCUUAAGCUGGCUGGCCAUUGUGGCUCUCGGAUUGGCCACCACCAUCAUUUACUUCAUCCCUCUACGAUACAUCGUGUUGGCCUGGGGGGUGAACAAAUUCACCAAGAAGCUGCGAGACCCUUACACCAUUGACAACAACGAGCUGCUGGACUUUCUGUCCAGAAUGCCCUCAGAUGUACAAGUGGUGCAGUACCGAGAGCUGAAACUGGAUCCCAGUCCCAGUCCAAAUAAAAGGAAGAAAAACAACCCCGGGUAG